AAUCAGUACACAAUACUCAGUCGACUUAUCAGUUCGUUAUUGGGCGUUCCACUGGCAAUUGUUUGGUCAUCGUGAUUUCACCAAUUACUAUUUGCGUGACUCUAAACAUAAUUAGCACCGUUGUAUUUAUACAAGUCGUAUUUAUAUAACGUAAUAAAGUGCAACUUAUCCAAAAUGUGCACCUUUAUCAACUGUUUGUUAUCUCCUUGUGUUCUAUGGCCUGCACUUGGUGCCGCUGCAAUUUAUUUCCUAAGGCAAUACAUGCAAGGCGGACAAUUCGAAAAGCAAACCGAUGAAACGGGAAAAGUUGUAAUUGUAACCGGUUCGAAUACGGGAAUCGGAAAAGAAACGGUCUUGGAACUGGCACGUCGAGGAGCCACUGUUUAUAUGGCUUGCAGGGAUAAGAAGAGAACGGAUCAAGCUCGAUUGGAAAUAAUCAGGGAAACCAACAACCAGAACAUUUUCUUCCGUGAACUCGACUUGGCUUCUCUGGAUUCCGUUCGCAAAUUUGUCACGGGUUUCAAGGGCGAACAGGACAAACUACACAUUCUCAUCAACAAUGCGGGUGUGAUGCGUUGUCCCCGAAUGCUUACCAAAGAUGGCUUCGAAAUGCAGCUGGGUGUCAACCACAUUGGUCACUUCCUCCUGACAAACUUAUUGCUCGAUGUGCUGAAGAAAUCGGCACCCAGUCGAAUUGUCAAUGUGUCCAGUUUGGCUCACAAUCAUGGCACAAUUAAUAUUAAUGACUUAAACAGCGAGAAAUCCUAUGAUGAAGGAAAAGCUUACUGCCAGAGCAAGUUGGCAAACAUAUUUUUCACUCGCGAGUUGGCCAAACGCUUGGAAGGAACAGGCGUGACUGUCAACGCUAUCCAUCCAGGUGUGGUCAAUACUGAGCUUGGCAGACACAUGAAGAUCCUCAAAAACUUUUUCGGACGCUUGGUUAUAACAUGUUUGCUGUGGCCAAUACUGAAGACACCUAAAAGUGGCGCCCAAACUACUUUGUAUGCCGCUCUCGAUCCCGAAUUGAACGGAGUAACUGGGCUGUACUUUAGCGAUUGCAAACCGAAGAAAGUGGCGCCCGCUGCCUUUGAUGAAGAGACUGGAAAGCUCCUUUGGGAGGAGAGCGAGAAGUGGACCCGUACCAAAUAUUAGAUUAAGAACUUAACUUAAAUAAUGCAUAUAAUCUUAGAAAUACGCAUAUAUUGUACAAAACUUUACUGUUCUCCAAAAAUAUACGCACCGCAAAGAUACUUAAUUGUAGAUUACUCUUUUCGCUGUGAGAAUGCUGAUUGUGCUGAUUUAUCAUCAUGACGUCGAACUUUAGUUGUACAAGUGCAUUUGAAAUUGGUUAUAAGGCUCGAAGUGUUUCUUUAUUGCCACAGUUUAUGACGACAACUCGACCAGCACAAACAUGUGUUCCAUUGAUUGCUUAUUGAGUCCAUUAAUUGUUUGGCCCGUAAUGCUAGCCCUUGGACUUUACUUUUUGAG